CCCUCGGGUCCCUCCGUCGCGUCGCCCGCCGCCAUCUUUGUUGAUGUGUCAGGCGGCCGGGCUGCGCGGCCAUGGGGCGGUUGGCGCGUUCUCUGUCCGCCUCGUAGCGAACGGUGAGCGCCCUGCGCGGGGCGGGCCGCGGAGGAGAGGCGGAUUCUGCAGGAAUACGAUGGAGGAGUAUUCACCAGGAAUGCAGAGCACGCUGGAGCCGCCCGGUCUGUCAGAGGAGGCCUCUUACCAGUCGUCAGGUAGCAAGAAGUCGGGUGACACAGCUGGAAUGAAGGGCUGCUCAAGCAUCAGUUGCACUGGAGAUGAUGCUGGUGUUUUGGGAGCAGAACCGAGGUUGUUGUCCUCAGACCAAGAUUCAGCAGCUGCUGACACGAGUGGUGGUGGAGGCCCGACGGAAAGGCAGGAGCAGCAGUGUGCUGCUCUUGACCACAGAGAAGGGCAAACCUGUAGUGCCAAUACCUGCUCUGAAAGAAGGGUGGAAGGAUCCAUGGAAACAGGGUCCUUUUCUGGUGAAGAAUUUGGACGAGAUCCAACAACUAAUCAGACAGAACAAUCAUUAAUAGAACUACUGCAGGAGCUGAGGGAGGAGUCGGACUUUGUGAGAAAAUCUAGUGAUAAAAUCUAUUCGGAAAGCCCUUAUGACACAGACUGCACAAAGAAGCUUAUUUCCACAAUACAACAGACUUCUUCACAGGAGGAUUUGCUGAAGGAAAUAGAAUCUGAACUCUUAUCUACGGAGUUUUCCAAAGAAUGCAAAUGCCCAAAUGGUGUGAGGAAGGGUGAACAUGCCUUGGCUGUGUUUGAUAAAUGCGUGCAAGAUAAAUACCUGCAGCAGGAGCAAACUAUAAAAAAACUGAUUAAAGAAAAUAAAAAACAUCAAGAACUGAUUUUGGAAAUCUGCUCAGAGAAGGACAACUUGAAGGACGAAUUGAAAAAACGGACAGAAACAGAAAAGCAGCACCUUAACAUUAUUAAACAGCUAGAAGCAAGAAUAGAAGAGCUUAAUAAAGAAGUGAAAGCUAAUAAAGACAAACUUGUAGCUCAAGAUGCAGCAGCCAAAAAUGCUAUUCAGCAGUUGCAUAAAGAGAUGGCCUUUCGAAUGGAGCAGGCAAAUAAGAAAUGUGAAGAAGCACGCCAUGAGAAGGAAACAAUGGUGAUGAAAUACGUCCGAGGGGAGAAGGAGUCACUUGACCUCCGAAAGGAAAAGGAGAUACUUGAGAGAAGAGUGAGAGAUGCAAACAAAGAAAUUGAAAAGCACACUAAUAAGAUUAAGCAGCUUUCUCAGGAAAAAGGAAGAUUGCACCAGCUCUUUGAAACUAAGGAUGCUGAAGUCACUCGACUCAACAAAGACAUUGAAAAAUUGAAAGAGGAAAUCAAUUCUCAUGUUAUCAAAGUAAAAUGGGCUCAGAACAAAUUAAAAACAGAAAUGGAUUCUCAUAAGGAAUCCAAAGAGCGCCUCAAAGAUGCAACAACGAAGUUGACUCAAGCAAAAGAAGAAGCUGAUCAGAUAAGGAAAAAUUGUCAAGAAAUGAUAAAAACUUAUCAAGAAUCAGAAGAAAUUAGAUCGAAUGAAUUGGAUGCAAAAUUCAAAGUAACUAAAGGAGAACUAGAGAAACAAGUGCAGGAGAAAUCUGACCACUUGGAGGUGCCUCAUGCAAAAAUAAAAGAACUGGAAGACUUGAAGAGAACGUUUAAAGAAGGCAUGGAUGAGCUUCGAACUCUGAGAACAAAGGUAAAGUGUCUAGAGGAUGAGCGUUUAAGAACAGAAGAUGAAUUAUCCAAGUAUAAAGAAAUCAUUAAUAGACAGAAAACUGAAAUUCAGAGUUUACUGGACAGAGUUAAAACUGUAGAUCGUCUGCAGGAUCAACAUCAGAGAGAUGAACAAGAUAUCAGUGCUUUAAAGGAAGAAGUAGAUGGUCUCAAUUCUCUUAUUGCUGAUCUCCAGAAGGACAUUGAAGGUAGUCGGAAAAGAGAAUCUGAGCUAUUGAUAUUCACUGAAAAAUUAACCAGUAAGAAUGCACAGCUUCAGUCUGAAAACAAUUCCUUACAGAGCCAAUUGGAUAAGCUUUCUUACAGCGAAAGAGAGCUGCAGAAUCAGCUGGAAUGCGUUCAGCAGGCUAAAGAUGAUUUGACCACCAAGUUGCAGAAGGAGGAGGAUCAACGAAAGCUAGAAGUUGAGAUGCUACAGGCUCAGCUAGCUUCAGAGCAGAAAGAACUCACAGCACUGAAGACCCAUGUGGAUGAACUGAAAGAUGAAUUGACUACACAGAAGCGCAAGCAUGCAGCAAAUCUGAAAGAUCUCACAAAACAGCUUCAGCUAGCACGGAGGAAAUUGGAUCAGAUUGAAAAUGGUAAUUAUGACAAAGAAGUCAGCAGCAUGGGGAGCCGUUCCAGUUCAUCAGGGUCCCUUAAUGCACGCAGCGGCAAUGAGGAUCGGUCUCCAGAGAAUACUGGAUCUUCAGUGGCUGUGGAUAGCUUCCCAGAGGUGGACAAGUCUGUCUUAGUCGAAAGAAUUCUGAGGCUACAGAAAGCACAUGCCCGAAAAAAUGAAAAGAUGGAGUUUAUGGAGGAUCACAUUAAACACCUAGUGGAGGAAAUCAGGAAAAAAACCAAAAUUAUUCAGAGUUACAUCUUGCGGGAAGAAGCUGGCGCACUGUCCUCAGAGGCAUCUGACUUCAACAAAGUACACUUGAGUAGGCGGGGAGGAAUUAUGGCAUCUCUGUAUACAUCUCAUCCUGCAGAUAGUGGUCUCACGUUAGAACUUUCCUUAGAGAUAAACAGAAAGCUGCAAGCUGUGUUAGAAGAUACAUUACUGAAGAAUAUUACACUAAAAGAAAACCUUCAAACCCUAGGAACAGAAAUAGAACGGCUUAUUAAACACAAGCAUGAACUGGAACAGAAAAUCAAACAGACAUAACUAAAGCUUCUGUGGAAUAACUGGCGUGAAGAUGCAGAAAAGGCAGGUGCUACAGACCACUAUUUUUUAACGUUUUUCCUGAAAUCUGAUUGCCUGCCAGCACAAGCAGUAUUUUGUGUACACAGCCUUCAGUCAUGCAGGCUGUCCUUACUUUGAGAGAUCUGCAGGCAUCUGUGUAGUUCUGUCUACUCAGUACCAGCCUGAGGUGUUGCUGAGUUUUACUGACACUGUUGAUCUAAAACUUCCAUUUGGAAUGGCAUACAGAUGCUUCGCAGUGCAUACUGUGUUUUGAGUGAGUUGCAGUGAGACUUUCAUUUCUGCUGUGUAAUUAAUCUGUCUCUUAAUGAUGGAGCUUGACAAAAUAAACCAAUUAUGUUUUAAAUGCUGUUGAACAUAUCCAAUGUUACUGAGCUUUAAGGGCUUUCAGACGUUAUUUCUUGCAUAUUAAUUCUGAUGUUUAGGUUGAUGAAGCGCUUUUGACAAAUGCAUGGAAAAAUGCUUUGUCACAAUUUGUUUUUUUGAGUGAUGAUCAUGAUAUUGUUUAUUUUCUGUAUUGGAUUAACAUUCAGCUAAUAGAUUCCUUUAUUGAAAGGAAGUGAAACAACAGUAAAAUUAAGGGUUCGAAAGACUUCUUGAUGCAGUUGUUGAGUGCAUGUAACAUGAACAUCAAUUCAAUAAAUCCUGUAACCCCUGAUCUUUAGAUAUAUAGAUCUAAAGAAGUCUGAUCUCAGAUAAUUGUCAAAAGUUCUCCAGCAUUCUGUGUACUUAACAGCAUUUUAAAAGAGUUCAGCUGCCCACUGUUACAUUGUGAUUGCAUCUGUUUUCAGACUAAGGAAAAAAGGUUUUUUUUCAAAUAGAAGCUUACUGAGUUUUCUCAUUACGUAUGGACAGACCUGCCAGUGAAAGUGAUGGUAAGAAGUGGAACCUAGAACUUGUGGGAUUUUUGUCUGUUGAUUGAACUGUAAAACUGGCAUAGAAAUGAUGUGACUCCUUAAUUUUACUGUUGUGAAGAAUUAGGUGGUCAGUGUGGCAUGAACUGAGAAUGGUUUAAUUGUUGGUGUUUGAGAUGGUGAUAGUAGAAGAGGAACAAGGUGACAAGGUUCUAGUUUCACAAUAACAUAUUCAUGUUUUAAUUCCAGGGUAAGUAAUCUACAGAAUCUGAAGUGUCUAUUCCAGCAGUGGAUGCACUAUUGGUGCACUUACUGCCUUUUGACCAAAACAUAUUGACCAAUUCACAUUGUAAAUACAUACUUUGUUUUUUUUCUUAAUUACUUGAACUUCCUAUUAUGGAAAAAAGGUUGUGUACACUUACAUGCUACAGCAUUCAAAUGCUCUAGCUAUUUGAAUUAGGGCACUUUGGAGGGGGGGAAAUCUGUCUUACUCCAUGUACAGUUUACAUCAUAUACAAAACAAGGGCUUGAAUCCUGCAGCGUACAGGGAGGGGAGCUUAUGAAAGCAUCUCAUGUGCCACUGAGUCACUUGAGUGU